AUGGACAAGGCGCUGACAAGAUGGAUCUACGUCAUUUCACAGUGGAAUAACGUGGAGCCGGAGCUAGACGUCUGCACUGCGUUGGAAGCGUGUUCAUCAGUGGAGAAACAAAAGGCAGUAUUGAAGGAUUGGUUGCAUUCCAAAGCUCCAGGCACACUGCUGAAGAGAGUCAACUCGUUGCUGCGCUUUCACAGGGCAGUGGGUUGGGGCGAUAUCCUUGAAGGCCUCCCGUGUGGAGAAACCCGUCUUUACAACUACCUGUCUGAUUCGAGGACGGGCGGAGCAAAGGCCUCUCAGCUCAAGGCGCUGAGAGAAGCACUUGUUUUCGUCAGGCACAUCUUCGGCGUAGAGCGGCUCCAAGCCUUCGCUAGCAGCAGGAGGUGUGCAGGUGCAUCGAAGCCAUCUCCAAAGGCCAGGAAGCGGGCGACAAUCUUCAAGACAAUGAAUGCCAAAUUUUGGGAAGGCGAACCAGCGUUGUGGAUAGCCCCUGCGCUUGGCAUCGUGGACAGACCGUGGCUUGGCACGUGGAUUGCGAUCCGUGCAGAGCUAGGUUUAGGCAAUGUCAAUUUGCCGCUGCCGGCGCCGAGCUCGGAGGGGACUGCUACUUCCAGAGAUGUCUCGACAACGGAGAUCUCGGGAUGGUUGCAGGAGAUGCUGCCCCGAGAUGGGCAACCUAUAACGGCUCACUCUCUGAAGAGGACUCUCCUUUCUUUUGCGAACAAGCGCGGCGUGGAGACGGUGGACAAACUUAUUUUGGGAAGUCAUUCGCGCCCAGGAAAAAUGGCCAACACUUACGGUGACGACCUGAUGGCAAGACCAUUGCGGCUCCUGGAGGCGCUGCUGCGUGAGGUACGGGGUGGCGUCUUCGACCCUGACAUGGCUCGUUCGGGGAGGCUGCGGAGUGAGACGAGCCUUGAAGUCGCGGUUCGGCAUGGAGCCUACGAGCCGGCGACAAAUGUUCGCUUCGACUCUUCUGUGUGUUUGUUGUGGAGCAGAGCCAUGGCGUUGGUUGAUAGCAAAGCAAGCUUCAAACAGCGCUGUGAUGACAUUGGCGCGGACACACUCCAUGCAGCCCUGAAAACACAGGGGAUCGAGACUUUCGCGGGCUUGGCUUACUCAUGUGGGUCGCCAAAAGAACCCGCGUUACAGGUUGAGAUGGACGCUUUUGCGGUAAAGGUCUUGGGUGCAUCUCCUAAGCUGGGAGACGUGGCUCUCCUCAAGCGGCUGCUCUUCGAAAGCUCCACCUUCGUUGUGGCGUCGCUAAGGCAGGCUGUCUUGAGUGACUCGGAGACACCAAAGCGACUCCCGGCUGCCGAGAAGCAGGCACGGGCUGAAGCACAGCGUGGCAGACUAAGCGGAGUUGUGAUAGAACGUGACAUGUCUCCUUCAUACUCCCUGGUGGAUUUGUGCGCGCACAUGGCCGACACCAAUGUCGCUAGUUGGAUAGCCCCUGGCAAGUGCUCGUCCCGGGAAGCGGAGAUUCAAAUCUCCACCAAGGACCAGGCGAAAGUCUUCCGCCUUGAAGACCACCAGCUCAAGGUCGCCGGUGAGCCCAAUGAAGUCAGUGCUGACUGCUCCAGCGCAAUAGCAUUGCAGUGGUGCUGGCAGAGAAGAGGGCUCGCGCUCAAUCAGUGCAACCUGUUGGCUUGGGAGUCACACAAGCGAUGGAUUCGUCAUCUCAUGCAGGCACUUACUAAGGAAGGGCCGCCGGGGUGGCACAAGCCUAGUUUGCGCCAAAUCAUACAGACCGAUCGCGAGGCUUUCUUGAUCAUGGCCAGUGAGCUGCCAACGCUCAAGCCAGACAGUGCCGGAACCUUGCCGAUGGGAGCCAAGUUGGAUGCACUCAGACAUGACCCGAGGAUCAUCGCUAUGCUGAUGCCGACUCCUUUCAAACAACCGGGGCAGCAGGCCGCAACGCCAGAUGCUGGCGAUGCUGAGCCAGUCACCCGCUCGGCAAAGAGGCGCAAGCGACAGAAAGCAGCAAGGGACAGCAAGAGAGCUGAUGGGGGCAGUGACAACAAGCGCACAAUGCCGCCCGAGCUCAAAGACCUCUUCCAAAAACUUGAGGAUGGCAAGCCGCUGUGCUGGGACUUCAAUGCGAAAUGUGGCUGCCAGAAGAAAACCGAAGGGCAACCGCCGCGAUGCAACUAUGGUGUUCAUGGUUGCAUGUACUGCCGGAGGAUUGGACACUCCUACCAGCAGUGCCGUGCCCGCAAUUGGAAUGGGGGCCAAAAGGGCAAAAGCGGUGGCAAAGGCAAUGCGGACUUUGCAUCAAUGAUUCUUCUUUUACCCGCUGAUGCUGAGGGGAAGGUGGCGGGCUCUAGCCAGGGCAACGGCCAUGUCAGCCAACGCAUUGGCGAGGAGUGUUGCUACGGUGACCUCUUGCACGUCGCGCAUGGGCCCUGUCUACUUGAUUCGCAGCAGCGACACUGCACCCUUGAUUGGACCGGAGCCCGGAUAUUGAUUGUUGCCUUUUCUGUGAAGAACUCCGGCAGCCUUCGUCCGGAUGCGGCAGAACGCUUGAGUUCGUUCGGGUUCUCAUUGCCGCGUGCUUUGGAGAACAAGCGUCGGCGAACUGAUGUCCCUGGCCCUGGGUCGGGGGAGGAGCUGCAUGCUCUACCUGACCAGUGCGCUGUGGGCGAUGAGCCAUCACUACUCCACACCCAGGGCGAAUCCUGUCUUGGGGAGGCGCGCGUCCCCGAGCCGGGACCCAGUUGUCCUGACCGGAGUGAACGUGACACCAAGCAGGAUGGUACUGCACCUUUGGUCAUUGAAGUGUUUGCCGGAACGGCCAGACUAUCACAAGCAUGCCAUCGUGUAGGAUUCCGAACACUGGCAGUUGACAAGUCUUCCAAAAAGUCCAGGCAUGCGACUCACGUCCUUGAUCUCACUGUUGAGGCUGACGUCACAGCGUUACUCGACAUAAUAACGUUGGAAGCCUCCAACCUGGCCCUUGUGCAUCUAGCGCCGCCGUGUGGUACUGGAUCUGCGGCCCGUGGCCGGCCCAUACCCGAAGCCGAGGCUAUGGGAUUACCGGUGCCACAACCUUUGCGCUCGCCGCGUGAACCGCAAGGCCUGUCAACGCUGUCUGGUACUGACCUUGUCAGAGUGCAGUUAGCAAACUCCUUGUGCCGUGCUGUUGGCCGAGUAGUUCGUCAUUGCCUGGAUUUGGGGGUUCGAGUGACCGUGGAGAAUCCCAAGAACUCCCUUGCUUGGCUGUGUGACGGGCUCGAUGAAUUGUUCAGACUGCCACAGUACUACGAGAUACUUUUCCAUGCUUGCGUGCACGGAUCCGAUCGGAAUAAGAGUACUUUGUUUUGGGCAAGCGAUCACCUUUUCUCUUCGUUGGGGGUCCUCUGCGAUGGCAGCCAUCCGCAUGCUAGCUGGAAGCCUGUCUGGAGUGACGGUGGGUGGCGCUACCCAACAGCUGAGGAAGCUGCCUAUCCGUGGCUGCUGUGCGAGCGUAUCGCCCACAUCCUCGCUGCUGAGUACCCCGACUUAGCCAACACUGCUUAUCAAGUGCGACUGCCAGAUCAAGUGGCCUUACAACGACAGCCUCGAUAUGCCAAGCCUUUGGUUUCUGCUUUCGCUGCAUACGACACGUGGGCCGUGCCAGUUGUCAGCCAGGCUGCUGAUUUGCUGUUGAAGGCUUACCCUAAGGGCGCUCAUGUAGUGCGUCGCAAACUUGUGCCGUGGGGUGUGGUGCGGGUUUGCUUGCCAAGUAUGUGCCCAUUGCUGGACCGACAAGCGCUGAAGCAGGCAUCUGUGUCAGACAAAUCCUUUGAGAUCAUGGACGGACAACAUGAAGCUUGCGUAGAUGACAUUGUCGAGAAUCCUGCCGAUGUCCACAAGGUGGUAGGUGAAGUCCCUCCAGCCAAUGGUUGUGCCGAGAGUGCAGAACUGGUUCAGAUUGGCAUUCCUCGCGAAUCGCAAGACUUCGUCAAUGAAGCGAUCAAGGCUGGACACCCAAGGGACAUGCUCUCAGUCUGCAGAUCCGGUCCGGCUAAGGAAGUGGCAAAUGCAGUCCUUUAUCCGAGGGAGUCUAGAGUUGCCAAAGCCCGGAAAACCAUUACAGAAUGGGCCAGGAUGAAGGAGAGUACUUCUCGAGAGAAUGUCGAAAUGCUGAAGGAUCGGCCUGAGUACAUUCGAAAAAUCCUGGGCAACAAGAAUCUCCUCUUCUGGAAGCAGGCGUUGACGGUGUGUGAUUUUCCAGACACUGAGUUGUGGUGGGACAUGUGCCAGGGCUUCCGAUUGACGGGUUGGACGCCUGACACUAAGCUAUUCGCUAGGCAUCUUCGACCUCCUGCAACCGACCUGGACAGACUGCUCAGUCAAUCCUCUUAUCGCACACCUCUGACAUUGCGGGCCAUCAGCAAGACGGUUGUGGACGAAGCUUCGACCAAUGCCUGGAGGGAGACAUGCGAGGAGGAGCGCCGGGGUUGGAUUUUCAGGGACGACCAUUACAACCCGGCGUGUGGACUUCCCGAGAAGUUCCUCCUUCAUGGUGUUGAUACCAUCGCUGCGGCUCUCCUCGAGAUCAUGUCUCGCACAGACGGGGAACACGUCAGGCUGGGGGUGUUCGAUGUGGACAAUCGAAAGCCAGCUGUGUUCGGGACAAACAUUCUCACGUUUGGAGCUACAGGGAGUGUGCUCGAGGACAAGGCGCUGAGCGCCAAGCAGGCAGAGAUUCUCCGCGGGCGGUUGCAUUGGUUCAACUCUUACUUGUUCGGCAGAGCUCCGUGCGACGCUAUGCAUAGGCUCUCCGUGCGGGCUCAGGGACGGGACGCAAGCACGUCUUUGGACGGGAGUUUGGAAAGUGCCAUCCAUACCUUCAAGGACCACUUAGAAAAUGCUCCGCCCUUGAGACUUUGCCCUUCCAGCGGACGUAACAUGUAUAUCUUCACCGAUGGAUCGUUCGAGCCUGGGUUGGACACCGUUGCUGGCGUUGGAGGAGUGCUGUACGACCAAGCUGGAAACCCAGUUCAAUACUUUUCGUCGGAGAUUGCUGGAUCGGAUCUUGAAGCGUUGUUGGGGGAUUCCGAUCACCCAAUAUACGAGGCGGAACUUGCCGCAGUGAUGGUUGCCUUCGAAAUAUGGGUGAGCUUGCUUCGGGAUACCUUCAGCGUCUUUUACAUCGACAACGAAGCGGCGCAGUCUGCUCUUGUGUCGGGGAGGUCGGGUACCCGAAAUGGCAGGGCCAUACUCCAGCGCAUCUUGGACGCAGAACGCCGAUCUCUCA